GUCUUCAGCAGUAACACCUUCUUUCAAAGCGUCCAAAACCGUAAACCCGGCAUAAUGGCAUUCAAGUUCGUCGUGUUCCUGGCUUCGCUUGCCGUCGCUAGCGCUGGAUACCUGGAGGCUGGCCAUGCCGUCCAGUACGCCGCUCCGGUUGCUCACUACUCGCCGGCUUCGUCGGUGAGCUACAGCACCAUCUCGCAGGCUGCUCCGGCCAAGCUGGCCUAUGCUGCCCCGGUUGCCAAGACCAUCUCGUACGCCGCCCCACAGGUGUAUGCCGCUCCUCAGGUCUACGCUGCCCCGGUUGCCAAGACCUUCGUGUCUAGCCCAGCUGUUGGAGCCACCCACGAGAGCACCAUCCGUUCGCAUGAUGCCACCAUCUCGCACUACUCGAAGGCUGUCGAUACGCCGUACUCGAGCGUCCGCAAGUCUGACACUCGCAUCACGAACGAGCUCCCCAAGCUGGCCUAUGCUCAGCCCGUCCUCGCCAAGCAGGUCGCUUAUGCUGCCCCGGCUGUCCACACCAGCUAUGCUGCUCCGGCCGUCCACACUAGCUAUGCUGCCCCAGCUGUGACUUAUGCUCAUGCUGCUCCGGCCGUCCACACCAGCUAUGCUGCCCCAGCUGUCCACACCACCUAUGCUGCUCCGGCUGUCCAGACUUAUGCUCAUGCCGCCCCGGCUGUCCACACCGCCUAUGCUGCGCAUGCUGCCCCAGUCGUCGCCACCGCCACCAAGACGCUGACCUACUCGCCGGCCGUCCAGGUUGCUCACACCACCUACGAGGAUGCUCAUGCUCAUUAUGCCUGGUAAAAAGUACGGUUUUGUGAAGAUGAUACAAUGAUCCCAUCCUGAUCCUAUUUAUUGAUUUGUUGUUACGAUCUGUUCGAUUGUUUUGGUAUUUUUACAUGCGUUGCAAUUCGGCUUACCGUUGGGUUGUGAUGUUCAAAAAAUAAUACAACAUCAUUACAAAAAAAAAACAAAAAUUGGUUUUAUUUUACUAUCAACUAUUGCUGGCUUCUUCUUAGAGUUUAGUUUCAUUGGAGAGGACUUUCAAAAGAAAUGC